UCGCUCUCUUUUUUUCGCAGCUUCAAGAAGAAAGGGGAGGGAGAGGGAGAGAGAGAGAGAGAGAUGGUGUCGCUGAAGCUUCAGAAGCGGCUCGCCGCCAGCGUCCUCAAGUGCGGGAGGGGCAAGGUGUGGCUGGACCCCAAUGAAGUCAAUGAAAUCUCCAUGGCCAACUCUCGGCAAAACAUAAGGAAGCUGGUCAAGGAUGGUUUUAUCAUUAGGAAACCAACCAAGAUUCACUCACGGUCCCGUGCACGCAGAAUGAAGGAGGCCAAACGAAAGGGGCGUCAUUCUGGAUAUGGUAAGCGCAAGGGUACAAGGGAGGCAAGGCUGCCCACAAAAAUACUGUGGAUGAGGAGGAUGCGUGUGCUAAGGCGUUUGCUCCGAAAGUAUCGGGAAUCAAAGAAGAUUGACAAGCACAUGUACCAUGACAUGUACAUGAAGGUGAAGGGUAAUGUUUUUAAGAACAAGAGAGUACUUAUGGAGAGCAUCCACAAGUCCAAGGCUGAGAAAGCUAGAGAGAAAACCUUGUCUGAUCAAUUUGAGGCAAAGCGCGCGAAGAACAAGGCCAGCAGGGAAAGAAAGAUAGCUCGGAGGGAGGAACGUUUGGCCCAGGGACCAGGGGAGAAGGCACCACAACCUCCAACAACAGCAUCUGCACCUGCAGCUCAACCGGUUCAGGGGUCCAAGAAAUCCAAGAAGUAAGAUCUGCAGUACUAUGCAUGAAUUAGGGAUUAAUGUUUUCUACCUUGUCCGAGUUCUUAUCCACUAUGAUAGUUCUAGUUCCUUUUUGACCCAGUUUGGUUUUGUGUUCGGCUGUUUUUGUGGAACCAUGUAAUUCGUGUGUAGAAUCAAGGCUUAAAAAAUUGGUACUUAGGCUCAAGUUGCCCCUUGUUCUGCAAAUCUUGAAUCAAUUUCUCUUCUAUUGCUUA